UGAUCAUCCAGCAGCGUCCAUAGUAUACUAUUUUGUGUAAUUGUUGUCUGCACUCACUGUAAUUCAUCAAUGGCAGGUCGCUAUGACCAAAAUCCUUUCGACGAAGAUGGAGUUAAUCCAUUUUCUGAAUCAGCUGUUAAAGCAACAGGGAAGUCCAAUUUCAGUGGAGGUGCAUUUUAUACAGCAAAUACAGCCACAAACUCGAGACUUUCACAUUUUCCUCUUGAAGCAGUGGAGUUCAACUAUGAUACUCAAAUUUACUCAGCUGCAGAUUUGGAAAAGAAAGAGAAACAGCUACAAGCCAAGGAUGCAGAAUUAAGGAAAAGAGAACAGGAAUUGAAGCGCAAAGAGGAGGCUGCUGCAAGAGCGGGCAUUCUUGUAGAGAAGACAAAUUGGCCACCGUUGAUCCCAAUCAUUCAUCAUAAUAUUGCAAAUGAAAUACCAAUUCACCUACAGAAGUUGCAGUAUAUUGCAUUUACAACACUACUGGGACUAGUUUUAUGUCUAUUAUGGAAUGCAAUAGCUGUGAGUGUGGGAUGGAUUAAACUGUCAUAUGAUGAUAAAGUGGCAGGUGUAAAAAUAUGGUUUCUUGCUAUUAUAUAUUUUAUAGCAGGAGUUCCAUUAGCCUAUGUCCUGUGGUAUCGGCCACUUUACCGAACUUUUAGGCAUGAAAGUGCCCUGAAUUUUGGAUGGUUUUUCUUCUUCUAUUCGGUUCACAUCUGUUACUGCAUAUUUGCUGCGGUUGCACCUCCCAUAUAUUAUGGUGGAUAUAUGUUUACUGGUAUUCUGACUGCUCUGGAAAUGAUAAGUUUAAGUUUCUUAGUUGGGGUAAGUUUGUGUGAUAUGUGUUGUUAAUUUAUCAUGAACAACAAAUUGGUAGAAGCCAUUAUUAAGUAUGAGCUAGAAUUGUACUAAAUUUAGUUUGGUCUUCAAUUUUCAGAUAUUUUAUUUUGUUGGGUUCGGGUUGUUUUGUCUUGAAUCGCUUCUCAGUAUCUAUAUUAUGCAGCAAGUAUUCAUGUAUUUCCGAGGAAGUGGGAAAGCCGCUGAAUCGAGUAGGAAAGCAGCUGCUGUUGUAUGAUGAUGAUGUUGUUGGACUUGGCUGAGUGAACAAAAAAUGUAGUUGUUAAAGUUGUUAUUAUGGUUCGGUAGUGUUAUGUUCUGUUUGUUUCAUUUUUGUCUUAGUCAUUUGUCUUGUUGGUGAUAGAACACUAUCAUAUAUUUUACUAUGAUUGUAAGUUGUAACAUAUACUAGCUUUAUCAAAUAUUGGUGGCAUAUGUUAUAAAUUGUGUAAAGAUAUAAAAUUAAUAA